CCAGCCCAACGCCAAAUAAACCCAAACACCGCGUGUGCUCUCUUUCUCUUCGCUUCUCUUCUCCUCUUUCAAGAGGGAGAGAAUUUUGAUGCUUUUUCACCUCAGCCUUCUAUACCUUUCUUCUCCGAUUCAACAAACCAAACCCCUUUUCAUACUUUCUCAUGCGCCGCUAAUACAAGCAAGCAAUCUUUUCCUGAGAGACCCUUUUGGACUUUUUGGCGGUUAUACUCUAGUGAAGUUGAUUUUAGCGAUCAGGAUUUGGGGACAGAGAUAUGAGGGGCGAGGAUCAAUCGAGGUCUCUGUUCGGCAUUUCUCUUUCUGAUCGACCUAAAUGGCAGCAAUUCCUUAUCUGUUCUUCUGGGUUCUUCUUUGGUUAUCUUGUUAAUGGCAUUUGUGAGGAAUAUGUGUAUAACCGGCUUCAGUUCAGCUAUGGCUGGUAUUUCACUUUUGUGCAAGGAUUAGUGUACCUGGUGCUCAUAUACUUUCAGGGUUUCACCGUUAAGCAAAUGGUGAACCCAUGGAAAACUUAUGUGAAACUCUCUGCUGUCCUUAUGGGUUCUCAUGGAUUGACCAAGGGUUCCUUGGCCUUCCUUAACUAUCCAGCCCAAAUCAUGUUCAAAUCAACCAAGGUACUACCAGUCAUGGUAAUGGGUGCAUUUAUUCCAGGCCUGAGAAGGAAAUAUCCAUUUCAUGAAUACAUCUCUGCCCUGCUUCUAGUUAUUGGUCUGAUUCUUUUCACCUUAGCAGAUGCUCAAACUUCACCAAAUUUUAGUAUAAUUGGUGUUAUAAUGAUCUGUGGUGCUUUAGUUAUGGAUUCUUUAAUGGGGAACUUGCAAGAAGCAAUUUUUACCAUGAAUUCUAGCACAACUCAGAUUGAGGUGCUAUUCUGCUCAACAGUAGUAGGUUUGCCUUUCUUGAUUCCACCAAUGAUCUUGACAGGGGAGCUGAUUAAGGCCUGGAAUUCUUGUUCUCAACAUCCUUAUGUGUAUGGGGUGCUAGUAUUUGAAGCAAUGGCCACAUUCAUUGGGCAAGUGUCUGUUUUAUCUCUCAUUGCUAUUUUUGGGGCUGCAGCCACUGCCAUGAUAACAACAGCUAGAAAGGCAGUCACCUUGUUACUGUCAUACAUGAUAUUUACGAAGCCAUUAACGGAGCAGCAUGGGACAGGGCUACUGCUCAUAGCCAUGGGAAUAAUAUUGAAGAUGUUGCCAGAUAACAAACCCCCCAGUAAGCAGGGGAAGUCACAUUUGAAAGAAGAUAAAAGUCAUGUUGAUAAUAGAGAAGGUGAAGAAGAUGAAGAAAAUCAGCCCUUAGUGUGAAGAAUGAAGAUCAAGCUCAUAAUUUAUUUGUUCUUUUCUUUCUUUCUUUCUUUCUUUCUUUUUGCUUCUAAUCUAAUAUUUGGUUUCUCAUUACACUCGAGGGGUAGUCAGAGGAUAGAAACAACAAAAGUAUAUCGGGGAAGAAGAAAAGAGAGUAUAGUGAAGUUAGCCAAAAGCCAGUUGUAAUGUAAAAUGAUGGGGUGAAAUUAAUUUUUUUUACAAAAAGUUUUUUGAAAACUGAAUUUAAUUUAUUAAUUACAAGAGCAAUCUUUUGUCA